GCUGUUUUUAACAGCUGUGUUUGGAAAGGCGUGCUUCGCAGUUGUUGUGGUAGGAGCUGGUGUAAAGAAGAGAAAUAGCUAUACGAAGAACGAAAAUAUGCCUCUCGCGAAAGACUUACUACACCCUUCCCUUGAGGAAGAAAGGCAAAGACACAAGAAAAAGCGCUUGGUUCAGUCUCCGAAUUCUUACUUUAUGGAUGUCAAAUGUCCAGGUUGCUACAAAAUUACAACAGUGUUCAGUCAUGCUCAGAGUGUAGUGCUAUGCAUUGGAUGUGCCACUGUCCUCUGUCAGCCUACGGGAGGAAAAUGUCGGCUAACAGAGGGUUGCUCAUUCAGAAGAAAACAACAUUAACCAUUCUGUCUCGUCUGGAAAAAAUAUCAGAGUUCCGUUUCCCAUGUGCUGGAUAAGGAUUCUGUGUCUCAGGCCAGAGAAGUAUGAGAGGAUGGGUCAGUGAACUGAACAUGAUCAAAGGUUGCUUUGGAAAAACUUUGGCUCGGAAGCACCAUGUUUCUAGCACUACAUUUUUGAGAUCAUACUGUAAAAAGUUUUAUUAUGGAGUAAUUUCAAGCUAAUUGCCUAAGUACUUUGGAUUUUCUGUGCAGUACUGUUUGUUUCUCAUUUUUCUUUGGUCAUGACCAAUGGAGAUUUUUGCAUAUUUAUAGAUGUAAAGCAGGUCUUACCUUUUUUGUUUUGUCUGGUAGAAGCUAAGUUUGGAAGGUGGAAUGUUGAUCGGAACUGUACACUGGUGCAUUUUCGUGUUUGCCAUAUUUGCUGAGUUGUGUUGGAAUUGUAUACACUGGUCAUAGCUCUCAACUGUACAGAUUUUUGCCUUAUAUUUUUGUCUGCUUCUCAUAAAAAAAAUAGUUUUUCUAGCAAAUCAUUUGUUAAUUGAAGAUUGGAUUCAGAAAAUUACAUUUGAGUUUCAGACUUCAUACCCAUCAGAAAAAGUUUGUAAAAGUGAUAUUUAUUUAAAAAUUGUCCCUAUUUUUAGGUCUGUUCCCCAGUUUUUAUGGCUUUGUCCAGAUUACUUGCUUCAAGAGGUUGAGAGGUAUGACACUGGUGCAUUUCAGUGCUUGACAUGGCUUUUGCCGAGUUGAGCGUUGGAACUGUACACUGAUGCAUGUCAGUGUUUUUACACUGCUUGCUUUAAAUUGAAGUUGUGUAACUGUUAAUCUGUGCACCCUGGAAGAGGUGAAAGAAUCUUGACAGUUAAGAUCUGUACAUCUGUGUAUGUUUCUCAAAAAUGUUUGAGAUAGCUUUUGCCUAAUAAAAUUUAAGUUAUGAUGAUUUUCACCACCUGAAAGAGGGGAAGUAACUUGAUUAAAAUAUGAGCUUUUUUUCUUCUCA